AUGUCCGAGCUCCGCGAGCUCUAUCAGGAGGUGAUCCUCGACCACGGCAAGUCGCCGCGCAAUUUCGGCCGACCGCCGUCGGUGACGGGCGAAUCCCACGGCCACAAUCCGCUCUGCGGGGAUACGGUGACCAUCUAUCUCGCCGUCGCCGACGGUGUGGUUACGGAUAUCGGCUUCGAGGGCAGGGGCUGCGCCAUCUCGAUGGCCUCGGCCUCGAUGAUGACCGAGAUGCUGCACGGCAAGUCGCUCGAAGAAGUUCAGGCGAUGUUCUCAGGCUUUCAUUCCCUGGUGGCGUCGUCGGAUCCGGCCUGCGAGCCCGGCUUCGAGAUGCCCGAUCUGGACAAGCUGAUCGUGCUUGCGGGCGUGCGGGAGUUCCCGAUGCGGGUCAAGUGUGCGACGCUUCCCUGGCACACGAUGAAGGCGGCGCUCAAGGGCGAGAGCGAGAGCGAGGAGAUCACAACGGAAUGA